AUGUCGUCGCCCGCUGACAGGGACAGCGCAUCAGUGCCGUCCACACCGCAGACCGCCGCUGCCGCCCAGCCGCCAACGCAACGGUGCCAGCAAGGCGGCCCCAGGCAACAGCAGCCUGCUGCGGCAGUGCAGCUGAGGACCUGCAGGCGCUGCAAGCAAGCGUUCGAUCCGUCCACCAAUGGGCCGCACAGCUGCCGCUACCACAGCGCACUGUGGACGGGGGGAGAAGUCAGCAAGGCGCUCGGCUUCUGCCGCCAGAGCGACCGGCCAGAGCACCAGCUGCGGGUGGUGGUGGGCAAGACGGGGCUCAUCCGGUUCUGGGACUGUGAGCAGGGGCUGGGCCCAGUGCUGCUGCUGGUGCAUGGCACAGUGAGCAGCUGUGGAGCAGACUUGGAAGACGCGCCAGGCUGCUGCACCAGCAGGCACGUCACAUACGAUGACCCAGACGACUGA